ACUCCUAUUUAAAAUUCUAGCAAAAUUUUAAACUAUUGUAAAAAUUGAAAUUUAGAGUGUUACACUUAGUGACAAACUUCAAGAAGAAGUUCAGUGGAAGGGCUUAUGAUGUCAACCUAUGGCCAGCUGCUUAUGCAUGGCAGCCAGAGAAAUUUGAAGAGCACAUGGCCAAUAUGGUGACAGCAAAUCCUGAGGUCUAGACUUACCUUACUAAGUGGCAUCCCAACAUUUGAAUGAGGAGCAAAUUCAAUGAAAUUUGUAAGGUGGACUAUGUUACAAACAACUUGGUUGAGUGCUUCAACAACUGAAUCAAGAAGCUCAAGUCAAUGAAUGUGGUUGAUCUGAAUGACAGACUGGGAGAGAAGCUUAUGAUCAAGUUUGAUCAAAGGAGGGUGGUUGGCAAGAAGCUCCAUGGUAUCAUAUUACCACAAAUCAUCAAUAAACUGAUGGUCAAGAGUCAUAACUUGAACUACAGGAUUGCAAGGAGUGGAGACAAUCGAGCAGAAGUAAGGGGCAAGCAGUGGACAUUUACAAGAGAGCUUGAAAACUUCAGACGUGGUUGAUCUGCAUCACAAGACUUGAACUUGUAUGGAAUGGCAAGUCAUAGCCAAACCAUGUAUCCAUGCUAUUGCCUUCCUAACACACCUCAGAGAAGAACCAUUGGAGUCAUAUGUUGAUAGCUUCUACUCAGUAGAAAAGUUCCAAGCUACAUAUGAGAGAUACCAGCUUUGACUGACAAAAAGCAGUGGCAAAAGCCUGAAAAAGGUUUCUUCAUGUAUCCACCUUUGUUGGGGAAAACAGCUGGUAGACCCAGACAACAAAGGAUCAAGGGAUCACAUGAACCAGGUGCAUCAAAGAAAAGGAAAGGAAGUGCUCGUAGGUUCCCCAUAUGCAAAGACUCUGGACAUCACUGGAACAUUGCAAAGAAGGGGAUCCAGAAGAGAAUGCUAUGCUAGCAGCACUGGCAGCCAAAAGAUUUCAAUUGGCAGUAACAUAUCCUCUAUAUCUCUUAGUUUACUACUCUCCUAAUCUCUUCAUAUCACUAUGCAGGAAAUCUGAAUUGGCAGCCAAAAGAAGACUUGCAAAGGCCAAUGCUGCCCUGACAAUUGAAGGUGUCUCCAAAUCAACUAACAAGAGAAAAAGAACUUCUAAAAAAUCAGAUUCUGCUAAUCUGCUCAACUCAGGUUCUGGUUCCAAUACCUUGGAUGGUCCACAACAUUCUCUUGCCAUUGUUCCAGCUGAAGUGUUGCAAGUACUGCUACAGCUUCCACUGAAGAAGGAAGUGUUCCAGUUACUAUAUCAAAGCCAAAGGUCAGGGGGAAAGUGAAGGAGCCAAAGGACAAAGAGAAGAAGGGAAAGUGGAAGCCCACCAGAGCUAAACAGAGCAAGAAGAAGCCUCUACAAUCACCAAAAGCAACACCAACUAAUAGGAAUCCCAAUCCUAAACCAGUAACACCAGAUAGCCCUGCAAUGCAUACUAGGAGUAAGAUGACGUUGGAAUUACUGUGAUGUUUAAUGGUGUGAACAUGUGCAAUCUGUCAACCUGUAGGUCAGAUUGGUAGUUUAUUUUGGACUUUAGCAAUUUGUGAACCUGUAUGUCAGAUUGAUACUAUAUGCUGGACUUGUGCAAUCUGUGAACCUGUAUAUCAGAUUGCUAGCUUAUGCU